AUGGCGAAUGGAGAGAACUACAUCAGUUCAGUUGAUCCCAAGAUCCCGGCGCUGAAGGGCGAAACGUUGAAGGAUUUCACCAGGUACAGGAGGGCUGUUCAGGCGGCGGAGCUAGGAUGCGAGUCGAAGGAACAACGCCCAGCCCUAGGCCCGAAGUUGCACCGGAACCUCCUCGGCGCAGAUAACUCUAUCAGCGUGCUGAUCGAGCAGACGGACCCGAGAGACUACGCCGUGGAGGAUGGAGCGAACGUGCUGCUGGAUUUUCUAGAGACGGGGCGCUUCGCGAAGAGCAGUUUCCGUGAGUUGCCGAAGGCGUUCGACGCGUUCUUCGACCUCGCACGCUUCGAGAGGAAAGGUGAGGAGCCAAUGGCGGCGUUCUGUACGGCCAUCGAUGUAACGAGACGGAACCUGGAGGAAGUGGGCCCGGACACGAAGAUCAGUUCGAACGAGCUAGAGUACCGCGCGUUGAAGCGUAGCGGUUUGGACAAAGACGAACGUGACCUGGUGAUUGCGAGGGCGGACGAGACGUUCAAUUCAGUGGAGAUCUCGACGACGCCGGAGAAUCUCUUCCCUCGCGGCGGAAGUGGGCACCGAGGACAAGAGAACAGGGCGGGCUGGAAGUGGACGGUGCAUGCGAACGACACGAGAACGGACGAGCUGAUGGAGAGGGCCCGCACAACGGUGAGCACUGGGUCCAGGAUGACGACGGGUACUGGUAUGAAUGGGACGAUGACCACGGAGUCUACACACGCGAACUACAUCCACAUGCAACUCGAGAAGGACAGCGAUCCGAUCGUGCCGGACAGGUCCGAGCUGGAGGUGAUGAUCUCCAGCGAUAUCGUGCCAGCCUCCCUAGUGGACAGCGGGGCCUCGAUCGCAGCCCGGUGGAGCACGACGUUAUCGAAGCAGAAGUGGAUCAUCCCGGUGGGCAUCGGAAAGAAGCACGUGCUGCAGGAAUACUUCGAGAUCCCCGGCGACAUGGUCGGCUUGACGAGCAGGAAGGACCUCGCCGAGUGGAAGACCAACCUCUACAUGCGUGAGCUCGAGCCGGACGCGUUCCUGGUCGCGGAGACGCUGCAGGAGUGCGAGCCGGGCUUCGAGGUGAAGGGGCACGCUGACUCGUGGGUCGUGGAGGCUCUGAAGAACGGCAGCAAGGGCAUAUUCAAGAAGGGCACGCUCAAACGGAUCGACAAGCUGAUGAAAAAGUACUCGGUCAUCUUCGACGUGCUGCGGGUCAACCGGGGGGCCUUGCUGUGGGAGCUGUUUGCGAAGGAGGCUCGCUUCACUCGUGUAACCUCGAAGGGUGGUCAUGCGAACGCGAUGUCUUCGGAUUUGUCGGUCGGGGUAAACUCCAACGACACCCAGACCCAGUCGGAUUUCCUGUUCCUGAUAAAGACCUUCGAGCCCUGGAUGGUCUCGGUCGCGUUCCCAUGCGCACCUUUCUCAAACGUGCAAGAGUUUCAACGAGCUCAGGGCAUGGGUGACCGGGUGGACGACCUCAUCGAUGAGUUCAGGCCAUUGGUCGACUUUUCGGCGAAGGUGCUCCAGACUCAGCGCCACGAGCAUGCCGACACGGUCGGGCGAGGCGCGCUGCUCUCCCGGGCUAGCGCCUGGCCGGACCACCUGGGCAAGACCCUGGUGAGUGCUGGUGCUCAUGAGCUGGCGCGGCGCACCGACCUGAAGAAGCCGGGCAGAGCGAGGCUAUCCCUGUGCCUCGCGGAGCUGUGCGGCGCGUCUACGCCGUGUACACUGACGCGGGCGUGCUGGCCGACUUCCUCCGACGCCUACGCGGGCGACCCGAACUUCGCGACGGUCGAGCUGGUCGCAAGGUAUCCAACCGACGCGGUGGUCGUGAUCUAUGUGAAGGAGCCGAAGGUGCAGACAUCCAUCCCCGCGACGGUACCCCUACUCGUCAGCCGGCCAGAAGCAUUCAAGCCCGACGAUCGUGAAGCAGACGCAGUGCAUCGAGACCUCCAUCGCGACGGCGAGAGCUUUGGCGACAAAGCUUCGGACAUCACCGCGGCUCAGUGGGGCGCCCUGAGGAAGCUCCACUUGAACCUGAGCCAUCCGUCGGCACGCGCGCUGAAGCGACGCCUGAAGUCCAACGGGGUGUCGCAGAAGGUGCUCGACGCGGUGGGCAAGUUGGACUGCGUCGUGUGCAAGGAGCUCGGGGGGCCCAACGCGUCGAGAUCGGCCAACCUGAAGCUCUCUACGGAGUUCAAUGAAAAUGCGUUUUUGGACGAAACCGAGGAGGCGCCUCAACUCAAAGGCAGAAUGGAACGGGCCAUCGGCUUCUUCAAGGGCCACCUCCAGCGCCCGAGCCGCGAUGUGCAGCUCACCAAGACUUCGGUGAUAGCGAAUACGUGCAACAACCGCAUCCGACUGAGUGGUUUCACGCUGUAUCAGUAUGUACUGGGGCGAUCGCCUAACGUCCCGGCCUCGUUGAUCGAGGCGAUGGUGGGCGAUCGGAGGCAGCUGGCGGCGCAGAGCGCAGCACUUUUCGCGGACGGUCCCAGGACGGCCGAGCAGUUUCGCGCUGCGGCGAACUGGGCGUUCUUCGAGCUGGACAGCGACGAUGCAGUGAGAAGGGCCACGGUUGGUCGGGUUCGCCCGCCGUGCGGGCCGUCCGUGCCGGGCCAGCUGGUGUUCUACUGGCGUGAGGUGAAGCACGUGAAGUCGAAGCGGCUACAGGGCGAGCGUGGGUGGCGCGGCAGAGCCAUCGUGCUGGCGGCCGAGGGCCAUGCGAGGCUACACCUCAGCUACCGUCGGGUGCCAGUGCUCGUGGCGCCUGAGCAGGUGCGGCAUGCCUCCCGCGGUGAAGCCGAGAUGGUGGAGAACGAGGACCUCACCAGGCGUCGCAAGAAGGACGACGGCGACUCGGACAACGAAGGCGCUGUGGGCGACGCGCUGGCUACCAGGACGCGCGAGGCUACUCCCAAGCGGGAGAAGCAAGUCAAGAGGACGCACCUGAACCUGGAGUGCUACCCGAAGUACCGCCACUUCCUGGAGAUGUAA